AUGGACCUGGAGGCGUCCGACGAGACGGGCUCCGCUGGAGGGGCCGAAGCGGGAGCCGGAGCCGUCACCCCCGAGGCGGGCGGCUGGGGGGCGCCGCCGGACUCGGCGGCAGGAGGAGGGCUGGCUUUGAAGAAGGCAAUUCUAACAGAGCCACCAUCGCUGACAGGGCAGCCGGGAGCCGGCCUGGGGAAAAAGAUAGGCCACCGAGGAGUUGACGCCUCAGGGGAAACGACAUACAAGAAGACCACGUCAACCACCCUCAAGGGGGCCAUCCAGCUGGGGAUUGGCUACACUGUGGGAAACCUGAGCUCCAAGCCUGAGAGGGAUGUUUUGAUGCAAGAUUUCUACGUAGUGGAGAGCAUUUUCUUUCCCAGUGAAGGCAGUAAUCUCACUCCAGCACACCAUUACCCUGACUUCAGGUUCAAAACAUACGCCCCUGUAGCUUUCCGGUAUUUUCGAGAACUUUUUGGCAUUCGUCCGGAUGAUUAUUUGUAUUCCUUGUGCAACGAGCCGCUGAUCGAGCUCUCCAAUCCUGGGGCCAGCGGCUCCCUCUUCUAUGUCACCAGCGACGAUGAAUUCAUCAUCAAGACUGUGAUGCACAAAGAGGCAGAGUUCCUCCAGAAACUUCUUCCGGGUUAUUAUAUGAACUUGAACCAGAAUCCGCGGACGUUGCUGCCAAAGUUCUACGGUCUCUACUGCGUCCAAUCCGGGGGCAAAAACAUCCGCGUGGUGGUGAUGAAUAACAUCCUGCCCCGGGUGGUGAAGAUGCACCUGAAAUACGACCUCAAGGGCUCCACCUACAAACGCCGGGCGUCCAAGAAAGAGAAGGAUAAGUCGAGCCCCACCUACAAAGAUUUGGAUUUCAUGCAGGAUAUGCCCGAGGGCAUCAUGCUGGACGCAGAUACCUUCAACGCUCUGGUGAAGACGUUACAAAGGGACUGUUUGGUGCUAGAGAGUUUUAAAAUCAUGGAUUACAGCCUGCUCCUCGGGGUACACAACAUAGAUCAGCAGGAACGGGAACGACAAGUUGACGGUGCCCAGAGCAUGUCGGAUGAAAAACGCCCCGUGGGGCAGAAGGCUCUGUAUUCCACCGCCAUGGAGUCGAUCCAAGGUGGGGCUGCUCGAGGGGAGCCCAUUGACACGGAUGACACAAUGGGGGGCAUUCCAGCCGUGAAUGGCAGAGGGGAGCGUCUGCUGCUGCACGUCGGAAUCAUCGAUAUUCUCCAGUCCUACAGGUUAAUCAAGAAACUGGAGCAUACGUGGAAAGCUCUUGUCCACGAUGGGGACACGGUGUCGGUCCACAGGCCCAGCUUCUAUGCAGAAAGAUUCUUCAAGUUUAUGACCAAUACAGUGUUCAGGAAAAGCUCUUCCUUGAAAGCAUCUCCCUCAAAGAAAGGACGAAAUGCCUUGUUAGCUGUUAAGCCAUCCGGCCCUAUGGCUGCGUUCUCUGCCAGCCAGAUUCCUUCGGAGAAGGACGAAGUGCAGUAUGACCUCCGGGGAGCCAGGAGUUACCCCACCUUAGAUGACGAAGGCCGACCUGAUCUUCUUCCCUGCACCCCUCCCUCUUUCGAAGAAGCAACUACAGCCUCUAUAGCAACCACGCUCUCUUCCACAUCUCUUUCCGUGCCAGAAAGAUCUCCUUCCGAAUCCUCCGAGCAGCCCAGAUACAGGCGGCGCACACAGUCCUCAGGACACGAAGGAAGGACUCGUGAACAGGUCCGAGCGGAAGAUGACCUCCAGCAGAUAACUGUGGAGCUCAAGCCGAAGUGUGAUAUUGAGAUUGUGGUGCCUGAUGUGGCCGCUGCGGGAGAGGCGGCGUCCUUAGCGUGUGCCACCAUGUUGUCGGUGGCGGCAGCAGCGGCGGCGGAGGUUGAGACAGCAAGCCAGGCAUCCGAGCCUGCCAGCCAAGCUUCGGAUGAAGAGGACCUUGCAAUCCCGGAUAUCUAUUUUUUCACAGAAGGAAAGUACUGGAUUUACUCCCCCCGCCUGCGCAGGCUUCGAGCCGCCUCGGUUUCCUCUGGGGACAGGCUGCGCGAGACACCACAUCCCACUCUUGCGGGGGGCCUCCAAAAAUCACGCGAGAAACGGGACGUGCUUUUGAGAACAGUUGCUGUCGGCUAUUGUUGA